AUGGGGGUCCCUGCGAGCCGCAGCCCCGUCCUCGACUCCUGCAGCCGCCGCGCCGGAGCCGCGAUGAGCGCCAGCCGCCUCCUCCUCCUGCUUGGAUUCCUCAGCACCACCUCUGCUCAGCCGGAACAGAAGGACUCAAGUCUCAUUGGCAAAUAUCACCACGUUGACCGCGCCACCGGCCAGGUGCUAACCUGCGACAAGUGUCCGGCAGGUACCUAUGUGUCUGAGCACUGUACCAACACGAGCCUGCGCGUCUGCAGCAGCUGCCCCGUGGGGACAUUUACCAGGCAUGAGAAUGGCAUAGAGAAAUGCCAUGACUGUAGCCAGCCAUGCCCAUGGCCAAUGAUUGAGAAAUUACCUUGCGCUGCCUUGACUGACCGAGAAUGCACUUGCCCGCCUGGCAUGUUCCAGUUCAAUGCUACCUGCGCUCCCCAUACGGUGUGUCCUGUGGGCUGGGGUGUGCGGAAGAAAGGGACGGAGACCGAGGACGUGCGGUGUAAGCAGUGUGCUCGGGGUACCUUCUCUGAUGUGCCUUCUAGUGUGAUGAAAUGCAAAGCAUACACAGACUGUCUGGCUCAGAACCUGGUGGUGAUCAAGCCAGGCACCAAGGUGGCAGACAACGUCUGUGGCACACCCCCGACCUUCUCCAGUACAACCUCGCCUUCCCCUGGCCCAGCCAUCUUUUCACGCCUUGAGCACAUGGAAUCUCAUGAAGUCCCUUCCUCCACGUAUGUUUCCCAAGGCAUGAACUCAACAGAAUUCAACUCCUCUGCCUCUGUUAGACCAAAGGAACUGAGUGGCUUCCACGAAGAGACAGUCCCCAACAACACAAGGUGGGAGGAAGGUGUGAACAAGACCCUCCCAAACCUCCAGGUCGUGGACCACCAGCAAGGCUCCCACCACAGACACAUCCUGAAGCUGCUGCCACCCAUGGAGGCCACGGGAGGCGAGAAGUCCAGCACGCCCAUCAAAGGCAUCAAGAGGGGUCAUCCCAGACAGAACCCGCACAAGCAUUUUGACAUCAAUGAACAUCUGCCCUGGAUGAUAGUGCUUUUCCUGCUGCUGGUGCUUGUGGUGAUAGUGGUGUGCAGUAUCCGGAAAAGCUCAAGGACUCUGAAAAAGGGGCCCCGGCAGGAUCCCAGCGCCAUUGUGGAAAAGGCGGGGCUGAAGAAAUCCAUUGCCCCAACCCAGACCCGGGAGAAGUGGAUCUACUACUGCAAUGGCCACGGUAUCGACAUCCUGAAGCUGGUGGCAGCCCAAGUGGGAAGCCAGUGGAAGGACAUCUAUCAGUUCCUGUGCAAUGCCAGCGAGAGGGAGGUGGCCGCUUUCUCCAACGGGUACACCGCGGACCACGAGCGGGCCUACGCGGCCCUGCAGCACUGGACCAUCCGCGGCUCCGAGGCCAGCCUCGCGCAGCUCAUCAGCGCACUGCGCCAGUACCGGCGCAACGACGUGGUGGAGAAGAUCCGUGGCCUCAUGGAGGAUACGACCCAGCUGGACGCCGACAAACUGGCUCUUCCAAUGAGCCCCAGCCCACUCAGCCCAAGCCCCAUCCCCAGCCCCAACCCGAAACUUGAGAAUUCCACCCUCCUGACCGUGGAGCCCUCCCCGCUGGAGAAGAGCAAGGGCUUCUUCGUGGACGAGUCUGAGCCCCUUCUUCGCUGCGACUCCACAUCCAGUGGCUCCUCUGCGCUGAGCAGGACGGGCUCCUUUAUUACCAAAGAAAAGAAGGACACGGUGUUGCGGCAGGUUCGCCUGGACCCCUGUGACUUGCAGCCUAUUUUUGAUGACAUGCUCCACAUUCUGAAUCCUGAGGAGCUGCGUGUGAUUGAAGAGAUUCCUCAGGCUGAGGACAAGCUGGACCGGCUAUUUGAGAUUAUUGGCGUCAAGAGCCAGGAAGCCAGCCAGACCCUCCUAGACUCUGUUUAUAGCCAUCUUCCCGACCUGCUGUAG